AAGAAAAAAAAAAGUAUCGAUACGUUCCGCUACGCCGCCGUGAAUACAGAGAAUUGUAAUAGGAAUGAACUACCGCGGAAUACCGUUAAAAUGGUGUGGCGUUAUACAACACUCUGUAUGAACGGUGCGCGUGCGCCGAAAGCGAAACAUUAAAACGUGACACGGGCACACGGCGCCAUUUAACCACCCGUCUUGGCGUCUUCACAGUUGUUGUAGUAGUCGUAUUUAGGUACGUGUAGAUCUAAUCUGUUUUGUUUAACUCAAUAUUAUAAUUCUAAAUUAAAUAUCAAAACGUAAUAAACACGUAUUGAAUUUAACAGGCGAUAAGGAGGUAUACGGUUUAUCUGCUUGGCUGAUUUGGGAGUCCUGGACGGCUGGACAUUUGAAAAAGUUGUGACUGUUUAUAUUUAAAUAGUACAGAUUACAGAAUUAUUUUCAAUUUUUAAAGACUGAAGAAAUAUGGAAGUUGAUGAAGAGAAUGUUGAAACUCAAUCAUCGAGCACCAGUAGUCGCGGAGAAAAAAAAAGAUUUGAAGUAAAGAAGUGGAAUGCUGUGGCUUUAUGGGCUUGGGACAUUGUUGUAGACAAUUGUGCCAUUUGUCGUAAUCAUAUCAUGGACUUAUGUAUUGAAUGUCAAGCUAACCAAUCAUCAGCUGCUAGUGAAGAAUGUACUGUUGCAUGGGGCGUGUGUAAUCAUGCUUUUCAUUUUCACUGCAUAUCUCGUUGGUUGAAAACUCGUCAAGUAUGCCCACUCGAUAAUAGAGAAUGGGACUUCCAGAAAUCCAAAGAAAAUGAUUCCAUUUUGAAAAUCCCAGAAAGAAUUAUAGGUGCUACCAAUGUUAGUGGGCAACUGAUGCUAUUAACGAAGUACCAAGGAAUUGACGAUUUGGAAUUAAUCGUUGCUAAAAAGGCAUAUUCUAUGUACCCGCAACUGGUGCUGAAGUAUUACGAAGAAAUAAUAAUAAUGCAAGAUAAUAGACACACAUUAUCUAAAUCAACCGAAUCAGCGGAUUCUAGAGUGUCUACAAGAAGUAGAACAAAAAAAAAUGCGUUUAAUGUUGAUGGUGAACAAAGUGGUGUGACAGAGGACGUGAAAAAUCAUGUCGACGGAUAUGGGGCUGCACAUGAAAAAGUACCAGAAAAAAUUAUGGGUGCUACCGAUGCUAGUGGGCAACUGAUGUUAUUAAUGAAGUUCCAAGGAAUUGACGAUUUGGAAUUAAUCGAGGCUAAAAAGGCAUAUUUGAUAUGCCCGAAAAUGGUGCUGAAGUAUUAUGAAGAAAGAUUAGUAUGGAAUGUUAGUGACUAAGUACUUUCAUAAAAUGGCAUUUUUUUUUUUUCUUUAAUACAGAUUCAUGUAUCAACUUAUGUAUUAAAGAAUUAAAUCAAAUAAAACUAGUGAAUUAUUA